UGCCGCCCGGACGCACUUCGCAGACGCACGGGCGCCCUAACGACGGGCGCCUCGUUGCUAAGGGACGGCUAGAAGAACUCCUGCGCGCAUGGAGACUAGAAGUCGCAGACCAGAGGCCUCUUCACCAUCCCUGACAUGACAAGGAAUUGGCCAUCAGAAUCAUUUCUCCCAGAACAAGCUUUGGAAAUCUUUAGAUAUAUCCUUUUGCCACGCAGAUCUGGCAGGAUUUGGGAUCUGCAUUCUCUUUCUCCUGCCUUUCUCCCUCCCCCUGCCAAAAGAAAAAGAAAUAAGGACAAAAUUCAUUACAAACCAUACAGUCAACAAAACGAAUUCCCACAUUGACCAGCCUACAGAUGCUUUUUACAAAUAAAGUAUUAUCAUUUGAAGACUUAAGAACCCAAUCAAAUUAUUUCAACCUGAGAACAGUGUAAUUACAACACCAAAGAUUCCCAGGAAUGCCAGCUCAGAUGUGCCAGCAGUGGCAGGCGGCAUUGGCAAAGGUGUUGACUGAGUGCUUUGAACCAUGGGAAAACUCCAGAGUAAAAUCAAACAUAACACCUACAAAUACAGAACUGAAGGAUAUGUGGAAGAGAAUGGUUGCACUAACGUGGUCGAGGAGUACAAACAAGCUCAUACUGAUGCUGUCAACUCAGUUACUGCUCUGAAUUCAGACAUUUGUGUUUCAGGAGGAAGAGAUAAGAUAGUUGUGGCCUACAACUGGAGAACUGGAGAUACAAUGAAACAGUUCAAAGGACAUGAACGGGAAAUCACCAAGGUAGCCUGUGUUUUUGGAUCAAACCAAUUUUUCAGUGCGUCUCGUGACAAGACAGCAAUACUAUGGGAAUUGAAUGGAAAUUCUCAACCAAUUCAACAGUUUCCAGGCCAUGACAUGGUUGUUACAGGCUUAGCUGUGAAUCCAGAUUCUUCACAGAUAUGUACUGGUUCUCGGGACAAUACUCUCUGCAUGUGGGAUGUAAAGACUGGAGAAUGUCUUCAGAAAGCUACUAUUUCAAGAAAUCUGGUUACUCAUCUGUGCUGGAUCCCUAGAGAAUCACUUUUUCUCCAGACCUCAGAAGAUAAAACUAUCAGAAUUUGGGACAGUCGGAAGUUACAAGUGGCCCAUAAAUUUCCAGUAAAGCAACACAUUCAGACUUACUGUGACGUCAGUCCAGAUGGUUAUUACUGUAUCUCCUGUAGCAGUGGCUUUGGAGGAGAAGGCUGUGAAGCAACACUGUGGGACCUAAGACAAACUAGAAGUAAAAUAUGUGAGUACAAAGGGCAUUUUCAGACAGUGACAUCCUGUGUCUUCCUGCCGAAUGGGUUAUCUCUGAUACCAGCAAUUGCCACCUCAUCAUAUGAUAACAAGGUGAAGAUUUGGAACCAAUAUACUGGAGCCUGCCUUUUCACCCUCCCUCUGGAUGGAUCUGGCCCUUUGGUUUCCUUGGCCGUCUGUGACACUUCCUCCCUUCUUUGUGCAAGUUUCAACUCUGGAAUUCACUUACUUAGGAUCCAUAACAGCAGAGGGCUGCAGAUGCAGGAAGUGGCCAAGUUUUGAUGCCCUGGAACCUUCCUUUGUAAAGGAACCUGGGGCAAAAACAAAUCCUG